AUGGUCGACUGGGUCAGUCUGGCCAUACCGUUCGCCUACCUAGGCGUUCUAAUCGGCUCCCUUGCUACCUUUUCCUCGCUAUACCGCAAGCGCAAGGCCCAAAAAGCCUCCUCCCUCGAACCAUGGUUCCCCCCGCACCUCCAGCGCGACAUCUAUUUCUCCCUCCUGCACCUCGACCAGCCCUCCAAAGACAACAGUGAGAAAAAGGCUGCGGUACCGGAGUCGGUGCUCAAGGCUGCACUUCUGAGACGCGCGACGGAGGAUAUUAACAGGGUGUUGGCGCUGCGGAGCCAGAAACAGGCUUUGGCUAUGCUUUUGCAGAGGGGUAGUGUGGGUGAUGAUCUGUGGCAGCGGUUUACCAGGGCUGAGAAGGAGAUGGAGGAUGAGGUUAGGGAUGUUGUUUCUGAGGCAAACGCAUACGCACCAAACUGGGGCCAAACAAUCUUCCAAUCCGCCAACGAAAUGAUGAACAACAACAUCAUCCGCCAACGCAUCGAAACGCACCAGUCCAAACUUGCCGAAGAACGCGAAUGGUGGGACCGCAAGAAAACCAGUAUCCAGGAGGGCUUCAUGAAGGAAUUGGAUGCUGAGGGCUCCACUGCCACAACCACUACUACCAAGACUGAGCCUCCUCGUCCGUCCUCUUCAUCCGGUGCCAACACUACCGCUGAGAACACGACUACCCCGACUAGCUCGACGGGUGGUGUGAAGACACCAGAGUCCUCGGCUGCACCGUCGGUGGCUAGUGAUGAUGAUGCGGUGUUGGUGGAGGCUGAUGCUCAACCGGGGAACACUACGCCUGGGGGUGGGAAGAAGAAGAAGAAGGGGAAGAAAUAG